GGCGCAGGCGCAGGCGCAGGCAUCCGAGUCCAGGCAGCACCUCGCCCCGCGGCCCAAUACGGCUUAGCUGAAUCCCGGGGAUGGCAGCCGUAACCUCGAAUUUUGAACACAAAAAGCGCAACCAAUUACGGCGAUGACUCCCACAGUCGAGGGAUGGUCAGCUUGUACACGGUUCACUCGUUUGGUUCGCUAACUCGAACUCCUCCCAGGUACUGCACAGAGCUGCGCUGUACACUCUCGGUUACGACGACCGCCCCGGGGUUGCAGCAUUACUUGCAGGGUGCCUGCUAGAGUUUGUCACCUCGCAUCUUCUCGCUUUACUUCCCCGUCCAGUACUAGCAUGCAGUGGCGGCACUUUACUCCAACCCCGUUGCAACUUGAAGUAUUUCGAUGCGCGGUGUCGAUUGCCUCUUCUGAAAUUGUGACCUACGGGUAUCUGUCUUGGUCGCAGGCCGAUUGUCCGUUCCUAGGGGGACUGCGGUGGCGAUGGCGUUGCAUGGAGCGUCCUUAGCGGCGUCGAUGACUUGCACCAGUACCAUUGCGCUGGGACAAGCCUCCUUUUUCCUUCGACCAGGCAUGCGUCGGUUCACAUGUCACCACCCCCUCCGCUCCAGUAGUUCGGGCGAAGUUUUUGAAACACGAUGCAGGGUUGCUAGUGGCUCCGAUGGUUUCGUCUCACCGACGAUGCAGGCUCCAUAGGCGGUAACAAAUCAAUGGCAAAAUAUGAUCCCUUUAUUUUACAAAUGCAAAUUCAUCUCGAGCGCCGGCGAUGGUCCGGACUUUUGCAAAGUCGUGCAGGACAUUUCUCGUCCAUCGGUCACAUCCAUUUGGUGGCUGAUUCUGCUGUACGAUCAGGCUCAACGUUGAAACCGCCCGAGCACCGGCAGAGGCGCCAGAUUUGCUCCAUCACUAUUAGGUCACGAAAGGAAGAACGGCGGCUAUUGAAAAGACUUUCACGGGGGAUCUAUCAUAUUGGCACUAGACUAGGGUUACGGCAGAUGUCCCACUGUCAUCCGUCUCUUCAUCUUCCCGAGGCUUUCAACCCCUGCACUUGGGCCUUAUUGGCCGUUGCAGUAGGUGGAGCUUACUGGUUAUCGCACCAUCGCAGUGUGGCUACUGCAAACCAUCUCUCACGCUGGGAUUGAAUGCUACUAAAAGGGCUCCAGUUACACGUCUUCAGGUGAGGUUUGAGUCAAUACGGCCGGCAAUGAUUGGCUUGGUUUAACACGCAUUGACCGGGGAAGAGUGGCUGCGAACAGUCUGGACCGCGCUGACGGAAUAGAUUGGCGUGCCGCUAGAGAGGGAUCAGCGCCAGUUGGUCAGGAGUCGAGCAUGGGGAAGAAUGACCGAAGAAGGACAGGAAGCGUUCAUCUCAUGGCUUGAGAUGACAAGCUCCACUGUCGCCAGUCGCUCGAGCUCCUAGCUGGCGACACUACCAUCAGUAUUGAUCACUGGGACCACUGCCGCACGAACACAGGGACAACCCGAGAUCCUCAGAUGGGGCGGACAGCGGCUCACCGAUGCUGCCAGAGCCAAGCUGAAAGAUAGUCGUUCUGCUAGUAGUACCUACAGAUGAGCAGCGGUUGCAUGGUGCACUGGAAAUUUUCAGCCGUUUGUUGAGGCACUUCUGCUAACGCAAGCGGCAACACCCCUG